GUGUUUCAUCUGUGCGCGUUUCAAAAAUAGAAUCAAAAGAAAGAGGCAGAAAUUUGAGAGCCGGAGAGAAGAAGCAUACAUGGUCGGAGCAUCGGAGGGGGCAGCCGCAAGAGCGGCUUCUUUCUCAGAAGCCAUGGCGGAAGACGAAGAAUCCGGAGACAAAUGGGAUCGCAGCACGGUGGGUCUGCUGCUAGCUGGACCGUUUAUAUUUUCCUUGCAAGUGUUAGACAUGGAACAUCAAAGCAAAGCUCGUAGGACUAGCAAAGAGAAUGCGAAUCCAUAUUCUCCUUCUCAUGGUUUCCUGAGAACCCAUGAGAAAUGGAGCCAAGACGAUGAUCAUAAGGCUAAUCUUGCUAGAUUCAAAGUUGCAUUCCCUUAUUCCAUUAGCAAGGACAAGCAUGGGUGGUUGCUUAAUCCCAUAACUCUUGCGCUUAAUUCUGGUGUUAAAGGUUCAUAUCUGUCUCUGUGCCUCUAACUUGUAUGUAUAAAAUUUGUGUGGCCAAUUCUUCAAUGCCUCAAUGUCCUUUGUAUGUAUAUGCUAUGAUUUUAUUCAAAAUAUGUGCUUUUGGUUCUUAUUGUCUUCAAAUGCCUAAGGGUGGAAUCUCCUUAACCAUUAUGAUAAUUUUUAUAUGCAUUAGAUUCUUUUAAGGUGAUUGUAGUGAUUAGAGAAAUCAGGAAUUAGAACCUCUAAUCCUGAGGUUGAAUUAAGCUAGUUUAGUUGC